UGACCUCUGAAACGUAGUUCAAUCUUCUACCGGACUAAACAGCGUCACAUCUCAGAGUACAACCAUCUAAGACCAAGCUGAAACAACGUUUUCUCCCUACCCACAAGUUUUUUCGUGAAAUUAUCGAAUACUUUUUGGCGCCUCACCAAUACGUGAACAAGCAAGAUGAGAAAAUUUAUUCCAUUGCUUUUCUUCAUUGGAUGGAAUAUGGAUCAUGUUUCUGCUGCCAAGAUUCUGGGCCUAAUGUCAACGCCAUCUCCUAGUCAUCACAUCUGGAACCGAGCCCUGAUGUUAGCUCUUGCUGCUCGAGGCCAUCAAGUCACAGUCCUUAGUCCUAAUCCAGAGAAGCAACCAGUCGCUAACCAUACAGAUAUCGUUAUUGAAAAAGCCUACGAGAGACUAGAAGAUUCCAACUAUAAUUAUGAAGCUAUGAGUACAAUGACUUUUAUUGAGAAUGCACGUAUAUGGUUCCUCUGGGGUCAGGAUGCUUGUGAGUUUGGAAUGUCAACAAAAGGAGUUCAGAAACUUAUGUCACUGCAAGGAAAGGAAAAAUUUGAUUUGAUUAUUAUAGAUAUAACUCUUGAGGAAUGCUUUUUGGGAUUUGUCCCAAUGUUUGGUUAUCCACCUGUGAUUGCCAUCACGGCGUAUGUGAGUCCGCCUUGGUAUAAUACCAUGGUGGGAAAUCCACAAAUAUUAUCUUUCACUAGUAUGCAGACAUUGCCAUUUACAGAUCAUAUGACUUUUGGUCAGAGAAUGGUAAAUUUUCUACUUCACAAUUAUAUGUUAUAUUAUCGAAAUUUCCACCACCUCCCAGCCAUGGAUAAUAUAGCUAAGAAAUAUUUUGGAAAUUCUGCACCUUUACCUAGUGAAAUUGAGAGGAAUGUCAGUUUAGUGAUGGUAAACACUCACUUCAGUAUGGACUAUCCAUUACCACUAGUGCCAGCAAUGAUACCAGUUGGAGGAAUGCAUAUUACACCUGGAAAAGAACUUCCAAAGGAUUUGAAAAUGUUCCUGGAUGAAGCCAAGCAUGGUGCUAUAUUCUUUAGCCUUGGUUCAAAUGUAAGGAGUGACAAGAUGCCACCUGAAAAAGUAAAAGCAUUUUUAGAUGCAUUUUCAGAGCUUCCUCAGAGAGUUCUCUGGAAGUGGGAGUCAGACUCAUUGCCAGGACAACCUCAGAAUGUGAUUGUCAGAAAAUGGCUGUCACAGAAUGAUAUUUUAGCACAUCCCAAUGUUUGUUUGUUCAUCUCCCAUGGUGGAAAGCUUAGUUCACAAGAAUCCAUUUACCAUGGAGUACCUAUUGUAGGAAUGCCUUUCUUAGCUGAUCAGUUUGCAAAUGUUGUGAAACUCGCUACACGUGGUGUUGGAGUAGAGCUGGUAUAUCAUACACUCUCAAAACAAUCUGUUCUUAAUGCUGUACAUACAGUUGUUGGAAACCAUAGUUACAGAGACAAUAUGAAGAAAUUGUCAGCUAUCUUCAGAGAUCAACCAGAGACACCACUGAAGCGAGCUAUUUUUUGGACUGAAUAUGUGUUACGGCAUGGAGGAGCACCUCUUCGUUCUGUUGGUGCUGACUUACCUUGGUAUCAGUAUUUUCUGUUAGAUGUCAUUGCAGUUCUGUUUAUAGGCACAACUCUGAUGUUUGUAUUGUUUGGUUUGGUUUUAACAACUAUAUACAGAUUCUUAGUGCCGGCUACUAGACGUAUAAAGUCAAAACAACAGUAAAAUAUGAAUCUGAGUUAUAGGUAAAUUGUUGGUUUAACAAACAUUCUUGUAGUCCUUGCUCUCUUGUCUAUACAUAUACAUGCAAACUAUUUUUUUAAAAAAAUAUUCAUAUUAAUAAAAAUAUUCCAGUUUUACAUUCCAUAACUUAGUCCCUAUGCACAGAUUUAAUAAAAUCAAAAGAAACGCACAGCAGUUUCCUGCAAAGGACCCAGUCCUCCAUUCUCGCUGCCUUAGAAAGGGCAGAUUUCUGUUUCUUACUCGCCCAGACUGGGCUCCCAUCUUUCUGCCCAUCCCCAUGAUUUUGAUUGACUCUGAUCGCUGCUCAUUCCUCCUCCAUCUAACCUUAUAUAACUCAACUAACCCUUCUCACUUCAGCUCUGAACAUGGAGACAGCAUGUUCUCUUGUUGGUGUCCACUUACAAGUCCACAUGGCAUCACAGCUCAGAAGACCACAUUGAAAAUGUGACCACUGCAAGAAACCUAACCUCACAUUCUUUAUUUCUCUAGUAACAAAUCAAAUUAAUAUUUUAAUUUAAUAAUUACAUACAUUUUUUUAUUUUUUUCAACGUGCUUUCCAUCACCAUUGUUUAUAAAUAAUGCAAGAUGUCUAAAUAAACAGAUUUCAUUUCACUGUACUUGCUUGGCUAAACAAUUUCAUGUAUGCACUAAUGAUCUUGGUUGGUUACUGAUUUAAUACUUUGCAGUCCAUAUAUUUUGAUAAAUGGAACCUUAUCAAGUUAUCUAUCAUUUAUUCUAAAUUUCAAGUGUCAAGCUCAGUUUGACUUUGGGUUGGAACGUGGCUUUUCAAAUAUCACAUAAAUUCUGGUGCUGAGGUUCAUUUAUUUGAACACAAGACAAACACCAUACUGUUUGGAUUGUCGGACUGAAACGCCAUUUGGAAAUUAAAUUUCUACUCGCAUGAGACCAGAUCCAACAGAUGACUCAAAAGGGUUUAAAAUUUCACUCAGUCUUACUUCUUGUUCAUGACUGCUAGCACACUAAACAAUUAACCUUUAUUGACCAUGUCACAUGGUCCAGCUAGAUAUGCGUCACACUACCCCAUGCUAAAUUGCAAACCCUAGAGUUGAAGUUCAACCUGCAGCCCUGUAGUAUGGGGUUUAAAUAUCAAAUUCUUGUACAAUAAAGAUUAAAACAAAUCUUAAUCAAUUCUUAUACUUAGGUUUUUGCAGCUGGAGUACUGUACAACUUCAGCUUGCGUGAAUGAACCACAUCAAAUGCUGAAAUUUAUCCGUUUCAGCCAACGUAGCAGUUGCCAUUUUCAGGGUGAAUGUGUGUUGGUUUUUUUUUGUUUUAAUCUCAUGUAAGGCAGGUAUUAGAUGGCGAGUGAGAUGUGAUGAAUAUGUCUGGCAGAGGGGAAGAAGCGGCUACUGUGUUAUGGUCAAGGGAUUACGAGUGAGGAUGGAUCGUUCAAAGUGACCGACUCGCUCUCCUUCAAUGAGCGGAUCAUUCGAUGAGCGCACUCCUCACUCCCUGGCCACGAUGGCCACAAAUGAAUGCUAUUUCCAGUCAAAUUGAACCGAUCAGAAUCAAGACAGUUGAGCUCUUGCUCGCCUGACCAAUGAGACUGAUGAACACACUGGCUCGUAUGAACGGUUUCAAUAUAUAUACAUCAUUAGCUUUUUGGUUGGUUGUUUGGUUGUCUGGUGUCAGUGAACUGGUCGGACUCACUACUGCUGGGACUUUGCUGAUUUCCUUCAGUAUUCGUCUGUUACCAAACAGGAAUAUAAUUUUAUAAGGUUAGAUCCUGUCCACGUCACAGGGCGCAGGCUGGUAUAGUCGUCGGCUUCUCACCAGACACAUUUUCAGGGUAGAUGUUAGUUGUGUAGACCUGAUUGGUUCUGUUGCAUCUCCGUCUUCCACUCCUUUCUCCCCAUUCCUCAUCCCACACACCCACAGGAAGAACCCGAAUUGGAAUAUGGUUGAAGUGACACCACAAUUAAUACACUUAGGUACAGUUCGUGCGAACCAUCAUUAUUCUCUAAUGACAAGAAUCUGCAGCAUAAAAAAAAAUUAAGUUGUACGAAACACAGAAGAGUCCAAACAAAACAAAAAGCAUAAUAAAUUGGUUACCUAUACCUGAAGAUCUGACAGUAGGGGAUUCCCGAAAUAAGCAUGAAUUUCAUCAACAUGUCGCUUCCCAUUUUAAAACAACUAAGAUGAAGUCUGUUUUCUUGUUAAAUUAUUUUUAUUGUGGGCUCAGAUUAUACUGUUAAAAUAAUAAAUAUUAAUUAAAUUAAUUCAUGAUUAAAAUUAACAGAAUUUAAUUAAAGCACUUUCCUGUGAUUUGUCACAGUGAGUCCUAUAGGGAACUUGGCCAGCGACACAUUACACAGUUGUUGGAAAAUCUGUGGGGUAAUCACCUGUUGUAACAUGUUUCUGUAAAUUCGUUCGUGAUAAAAUAUUUCUCAUGAUUUUACUUUACGACUUUUCUUGAAUGAAUUACAAGAUUAUACUGCAGUGUUUGGC